AUGCCCAAUCCGCCAGUGCCGAUGCAGAUCAAGGUGACUCCGAAAAACAGUCUUCUACCUCCCGUGGACCAUGCUCCCUGGCCCGCAGCUGACAGCAACUCAGUCCUUAUCUCUUCUCCUUCCAUCUUCGCGUCCUCAGCCUCGGCACCUCUUUUCUCCACACCCUCCUCAACGGCCCUGAUUGGCGUUGACCCUUCGCUGACGUCCUCUGCAAAUGCCUCCAACAUAAACUGGACCGUUCUCAGUCCAGUGGCAGUCAAUCCGACUUCGAGAGGGACCUCUGACCAGCCGAGUGGUCUGACCUCGUCCAGAAGUUACGCCGGGUCCGGAACAGCCGCUCUCAGGCAAAAGUCUUGUCAGUCGGCCGCAGAGACCAACCCUUUCGCAGAGGCUAAGGUUACCGGUACGUGCCCAAACAGCUGCCCCUCCCCAAAAAGGCCAACGGCCAAAUAG